AAGUUCUACCGAUAAGAAAUGAAAGGGAUAAUGUAAAAGUUCUACCGAUAAGAAAUGAAAGGGAUAAUGUAAAAGUUCUACCGAUAAGAAAUGAAAGGGAUAAUGUAAAAGUUCUACCGAUAAGAAAUGAAAGGGGGAUACAAAUUAUACAUUAAAAAUGUCACAUUGUAAUAUCUUUACAAUCUUAUUAUGUAAACCUAGAUUGUAUUAUUGUAAACUUAGAUUAUUUGGUCUAAAAGAAUUUAUAUUUUGAAAUAUCAAAGUUCCACGACAUUGGGUAGCAAAGAUACAGAGAUUAGAAAAGUAGAGUUUGUGACAAAAACUCAGUUUCUUUGUGAUUAGAAAACCUUCUUAUUCAAAAUUGUGGUCAAUUUGAUCGCAGGGUUUUAUAAAACCUCCGUCCUAGGUGGAUUCUACACUUAUUUUUAAAUUAAUCGCAAUCCUAAGAUCUGAUUUUUUUAACACUGUGAUUUAGAGAAUUAAUAAAACUGUGAUCUACAUUCUUCAUGAUAUUUGUGAUAAAAAAUUAUAUUUUAUACUCAUUUUAUCAAAUAUUACAUAUUUUAAAAUUGACAGAUAAAAUGGUUCUGAGGUUAUAAAGAGGCUGGAAGAUAAGUUCAUGAUGCUCAGGAGGGGGAAAAGAGAAAACAUUUCCACUGUUAAAGGGAAAACCACGCCAGCGAAAAAAAUCCCCUACUGGUUAUGGGUAACCAUUGCUAAAUCCCUAGGGAUUAAACUACAUGAGAAGGAUAAGCCUGUAAUCUCAGCAGUACUACACAUACUUACUUUUGGAUCUGCACUGGGAUUGUUUGUAACAAAUGCCUGGUACAGUGGAUACAACAUUGUGUCUGUACGAACCAAAAGUGAUAUUUUGGAUGGUACUGUAUCAAUAAUAGUGAUGUCAUAUUUCUGCGGUCUGGGGGUUUACGCUCAUAGACUGGCUUACAGAUUAUUUGUCCAUCCGAAGUUUCUGGACAUGCUUCGGCUUCAUUCUAAAACCAUUAUGAAAAUAAACUCAGCGCUUGUGAUCUUUUUUAUUCUUGGAAGUUUUGUUAUUGUUCUGAACAUUUCUACCGUUAACUACUCAUAUCCAUAUAUAUAUAAUUCUACAGAGGUAGUGAGCAAUUUUUCUACACUCAAUCCUUGCCAGCUUGUUGAUGUCUAUGUUGGAGUUUGUCAGGUCUACUGGAGUUGUCAAGUUGUGUUCUCCAUUUUCUUUCUGGCUUGGAACCUUUUAGUAGCAGUAGUCCUUGUUUCUGUAGCUAGGACACAGACUAUCAGUAUUAGAAGGUUUUUGAAGGAAUUAGAGCAGGAUGCAGUUUUACUAGAUCGACAGCUUUUAUCAAAUUAUUCCAGAUCUGAAGGUCGGCAUGAAAAUGAAUUUGUUUGGCGAGACGAGGAUCUUGUAGAUUUUUUUACCGUGGCUAAAGCGGAAACAGAUUCUAAUUCCGUUAACAUAUCUCAGACUGAUAGUUUUGCUGACCUGCAGCUGCAGAUUGGAGAAGAGGAAAUCAGUUCUGCUCCGGGGGCUCCAGGAGUUCAAGCUGAUCCAAGGGAGGGACCUAGUGUUACUUCCACAUCUAGAUUUCGUCAUCUGUCGGAGAGUGACAAUGAGGAAACUGCCUCUGAACCCCACGUUAUGCCCUCACAGGAGAUAAUGCACAAGUACUGGAGGAUAAAUAUGAGUGUCAGGUUGGCAAGUGUUGCUCUUCAGCGGUGGAUGAGUUCAAUAGUUUUCAUGAUUACAGCUUGGAGUGCAAUAAGGAUGGUUUACUGGUUGUCCCACACUGCCACCCUGUACGGAGUUUUCAUGUUUAUUCUUCCUCUUCUUCUUCUUCCUCUCCUAGCUUCAAGCUAUGCUGAAGUUAAUUACGAGGGAGGGAAGAUCCUACAGAGUAUUCUGCCGACCGAGGGAAGGGUACCUUUAUUCCAGUAUUUAUAUGGUCAACCCAUACAGAUGUCAGUUUAUGGUCAUGCAGUUACUUAUGGAACUAUAGGAACUGUUGUUGCCGGGAUAGUUGCAGCAUUCGUAUCCAAGAUUUUCCUUCAAGAAAUCAACGAUCUUUGAAGGAUCGACAACAUCCAACUCUCUUUAAAGAAAAGGAUCGACAAAUGCCAAGGGAUUGGAUAAUUAAAAGUCAACGAUCUCUAAAACUAAUGAUGGACCAGUUUCAAUUGAUAAACAAGAGACAAUGAUCUUUAAAGCAAAUGAUAGACCAAAUCCAGUUGAUCAACUAAAAUCUACGAAAUUUUUAGAAAAAAAAAUAGAAAAAUCCCAAUUUUUUAACGAUCUUUAAUUCCAAUAGAUUAAUUAGGUAACCGAUUUGGGAAAAAAGGUUCGCUCCAAAUCCAUUUUUUAAUGGAUCUAACGCACUGUAUUAAAUGUAUGCAUUCCAUUUUUGUUAAUUUUCUCAGUAUAUCUAUAUAUCAACAAGUUUCUCCACGAUCUGCAAUCGUACAUUCCAAUCUGAAAACCUAAAAUACUUUUUAAAAAGUUAUGAAUUAGAUUUAUUUACAAAUUGUAAAGAAUUAUGUUAUCGAUGCCAAAUCUACGUCAAUCUCAAACAUUCCAUUUAAAAAUGCAUUUUAAUAUUUGAUAAAACUUCUUAUCUAAAAUAGAAAUAAAUUAUAAAUAUUGUAUGAUAAAGGUUUAGAGAUUUCAGUUUUUACUUUCGUAAAUACCUAGUUUUUUGUUGAAACCAACAGUUCAAGUUUAAUUAUAAUGUAUUUUACAUAUUUUAAAACAUAUUAUCAUACAACCCUUGUUUUUAAUAUCAUAAUUUAUUUGUUUCUAAAAUUAUACUAAUGAAGAACGAAAAUGUUUCAGUUUUUAUGUAGAAUAAAGAAUAACUUUAAGCCAAGUUGUAAUUGGUAGUUCUUUGGUAGUCAGAACUCUUGUGUUGUGAAUCAAACAUUGCUCUCUAUUUGUUUAAACACCUACAGAUUAAUUUAUUUCCUGUUCGAUAUCCCGUGGUGGCCACAUCCUGCAGGGAUAUCACAUGGUGGCUACAUCCUGCAUGGAUAUCCCGGGAUGGCCACAUCCUGCAGGAAUUUCCCGGAGUGGCCACAUCCUGCAGGGAUAUCCCGUGGUUGCCACAUCCUGCAGGGAUAUCCCGUGGUGGCCACAUCCUGCUGGGAUAUUCCGUGGUGGCCACAUCCUGCAGGGAUAUCCCGUGGUGGCCACAUCCUGCAGAUAUAUCCCGUGGUGGUCACAUCCUGCAGGGUUAACUUUAAUUGAUGGAGCAAGCGUUGAUCUUCAAAUUUAAAAGUGUCCCUAUCAGAUUUCGAGAUUAAGUGAA